CGACCUUCUGCAGAAGCCGCGCAGCGAGCUCACNNCGAGUACGAGAUUGCUCGCGUUGAAGAGCAUGAAUUUACUGCUGGCCCUCUUUCCAUCCUCCAGACCGCUGUCCGCAACCACAACCAGGUCGUCAUCUCGUGUCGCAACAACCGCAAACUCCUCGCUCGCGUAAAAGCAUUUGACAGACAUUGCAACAUGGUCCUCGAGAACGUCAAGGAGAUGUGGACCGAGUUCCCAAGGAACAGCCAGGGAAAGAAGGGCAGAGGUGUUAACAAGGACCGCUUCAUCAGCAAGAUGUGCGUUGUUAUACUUAGUCCGAACAUAUCGAUUGAAGCUGACGUUCAAUACUGCCAGNNGUUCCUGAGAGGAGACUCGGUCAUCAUGGUUAUUCUCACUUGA